UUGCAGAUGCGUGUUAUUGAUAUUAUGUUGCCUAUUCCCCUCGACCCAACCGUUACAUGGAAACAGAAAAGUACGCUCUCUCGUCUGUUCUUGUGUCGAGUGUCUUUUUACUGCAAGCUCAGCACAGCGCAUGCGCGCCAAUAUCGAUCGCACCCGUCGUGUGCCAGACAUGUUAUCUGUUAUAUUCUAGGAAAACGUUCCAAAUCAAGUUAUUCAGAUGCAUUAUCACGCUUGCGAACACGAGCGUUUCGUGAAGUGAACGAGAUUCGUGGCUGCGGGCAAUGUAUGCGGAGGUAUUGUGGACGUUGCUGACGGCAGCGGCAUUGGCGGUGGACGCGCACGAGCUGGAUCCGGCGGCAUGUGCGGCACGAUUCGAUGUUCAGCGGGACAAGAUCAUCCGCACAGAGGAGUCCCGCGAGAUGGGCGCGCGUUACCUCUCCGAGUUGGACGUGGGCGCGCGCCGGGAAUGCCUGCGGCUCUGCUGUGAAACUGACGCCUGUGACGUGUUCGUCUUUGAAGAAAAGAGCCCGGGCAGUUGCUAUCUAUUUAACUGUGGACCGCCAGAGGACUUCCGUUGCAAAUUCACGGCUCAUGGCAACUUCAGCAGUGGCGUGCUGGCGCUGAGUCGCCGCCUGGCUGAAUUGCAGGACCAGGAGCGCCUCGAGCACCACGAACGAGAGCUCGCUAGCCUCAGACAUCCAACGACCACUACAACAAGCACGACACAGACCACGCGCAGUACAGAACCACCACGCCUGCCCCCAGAGCCUCCACAACAGCCCCAAGAGCCGCCCCCACCACAGCCUUUACCGACAGGGCGUUGCAGCCGAUACCAGUUCGAAUGCCGUCGCGGCGGCGAGUGUAUCGCGGUGUACAACGCGUGCGACGGCGUCCCGCAGUGCGCGGACGGCAGCGACGAGGCGCCCGAGCUGGGCUGCCCCGCCUCCCCCGCGCCCGCCGCGCCGCCCGCGCCGCCGCCCCCACGAGCCAGCCUCGCUACUCGCCCGCCGGUACCUUCUCUCCCACUCACACAGGUUCAAGUACUAGACAGCGCUGAAGACGGUAGAAGUGCAGUGGUGAACAACAACGAUGCGAUGGUUGAAGGGCCCGACAUCUGGCCGCACCGUCUCACGCAGGCGCAACCACAACACCGGUACAAUUCAGGAAGCGCCAGUAGCAUGGGAGGGUCGCAUAUUUUCAGCCAUAAAGGCGGGCUGCUGCAGGAGAACGCAUUCGAGCCUCCUGCGCCUAACGCGCCCUGGCCACGCCGCGCCUGGCAAGCGCCGCAGACCGGUGUAGACGGCAUGGAAGGAGACCGCGGCUGGGGUGCAUACGGACGUCUCGACUGGCCUGACACAGAACCGCGCCGUGCCUGGCCUGUACCGCCACGACCAGAACCGGAGAUUCCAGUGUACUUGCCUCCGAAGACGAUGCCAGAAAUGCCGAUGAUAUAUUCAAGCCAGCGGCAGACCCUUCGCGACAGCCCCAAAAAAGGUUUUGAUCUAAUAAACCAAAACCAGCCCAUCGAUUUCCAAACGGAGCCUCCCCCUCCGCCACGACCACCUGUCGUUCCGCUCGUCGACGACAGUAUCGACCUCAGAGAGGAGAAGAAGCCACCCAGUGCCGAGAAUACCACCAAGAAAAAGGUUUUAAAAGAUAAUCCGCCGGAGUCGAGUAAGGCCGACAAGGGCGCACAUGCCGGCGCAGUACCGCACGACGCCGCAGUCGCAGCGCUCGAGGCGCGCGAGCGCUGGCCGCUCGACGAGCACGACGGCCUCAGCGAGCACCCUCCGGCUGCAGUAUUUCUGCUCGUACUCGGCUCGCUGAUGACGGCGGCGCUGGGCGGCAUGCUGGCGUGCCGCGCGCGCGCCGCCCGCCGCCGGCGCCGCGCGCACCCGCGCCUCGCGCUCGACGCCGACUACCUCGUCAACGGCAUGUACCUCUAGCGCGCGCGGGGGGAGGGAGCCGUGCUGCACUGAAAUGUUUUAUUUCACAGUAGCGCGUGCGCUUUUGAAGAUUCUAUCACCGCGAGGGGGGGCGGCAAGCCGACUCCCGACGACGGGCAGCGGCGGAAAUGAGAAGCGAGGGUUUUGCCGCGAGAAAAUCUUGUUCAAUUCAAAAAAUCAGCGCUAAUAGUCGGCACUCGGCGGCGCACUCGUAGAUACUUCGACCGCAUGUAAAGAUAGAUAGAUUAAACUUAAAAAUUAUUUGUAAUAGUAUGAACUGUCUAGUGGGCCAUCCAGCCGAUCAAUAACAAAAUUACUAUAUAUAAAAUACCUCCGUUAUGUGAAAACUUAGCUUUAUUUCCUGUUAAACUUUUAUUGUUUAAUUUGUAUAUGAUUUUGCGUUUAGGAAUAAUUAACAUUUUAUACUAACACAUAAUUAUUUCUUACCAACCCUAAUACAA